UAACCUCUCUAAACUUUCACAGGUCUCUCUUUAGUGCCCUCCACCGUUGGUCCAUGCCUGCAGAGCCUUAGAGUGCACACCUAUUACUGUAUUGAGGUAGAACAUCAUGUGCUCUAAUACAAUUGAUUUUUUAUGGGUUUGAGCACAUUUGAAUUGUUCUACCCAGACUCACUUCACCAGCAUGAAAGGUCCUAAAGGAAGCCAUUUGUGGAGGAACAACUAGCAGACCCUGCCUCUCUUCUUUUUGUCCCAUCCUGUGCUCUGUACCUCCCUUGGUGAGAUUUUCACCAUUGACUGACCUUUGGGGCCAAGAAAUGUAUAACAGCCAUUUUCUCAGAAUCUAACUCAUUUGUCUUGAAAAUCUUUCUAUGGAAUCAAGCCUAGUCAAGACAGAUAAACAUCUGUGUUGAAGAUAUUCUGUUUUCAUAAGGUCAGCAUGUACUUAACCAGCGUUUCCUUUUGUUCAGGUUGCUGCUGUGGAGCAGAGAAUGUGGAGGCACCCACUGAACAGAAGGUUUCUGUAAGAGUGUCACAGGCAGGUAUUCCCAAGUUACCCUUGUCUUCUGAGGAGAGCCACCCCUGUGAGAGAUGUGGGCUAGUCUUGGAAAAGAUUUUCCACUUGACUGAGCAACACAGACAGAUACUGUUGAGGUGUGGGGCCUGUGCACAAGGAUUUUAUUUCAGUACAAAAUUUCACCAGCAGCAUGUGAGAGAGAAGACUUUCAUUAGAGAUGUGGACAGGAUCUCACUUGCAAAGAGCUGCAAUUUCCAGGUGUCCCAGAAUCAUGUCACCUGUGGGGAGGUGGGACAGGGUGUCCUUACUGAGUCAGGACAUCUCCACCUAAAGGCUGCUGAGACCAGCGAUAGGCCAGAAGAUAUUUUGAAAUGUGAGGUGAAGUUUCAAAGGAGAAAAAAAUAUAACAAAGUCAUUGGCUGCAAUCACACGUUUAUUCAGGACAAGUGUGUCCAUGCUGGAAGUCAGUGUUUUCUGUGCUGUAAAUGUGGGAAUUACUUUACCAAAUUUUCUAGCUUUCAUUAUGAACAUGGAGAAAAGCCUUACAAAUGCAGUGAAUGUCGGAAAUCUUUUACGACGAUGCAUAGCCUUCAUUGUCAUCAGAGAUUUCACACUGGAGAAAGGCCUUAUGAGUGCAGUGAAUGUGGGAAUUCUUUUACCAGUAGCACUGCCCUUCAUCGUCAUCAGAGAGUUCACACAGGAGAAAAGACUUACAAAUGCAGUGAAUGUGGGAAAUCUUUUAAGAGAGUUGAUAGCCUCCAUUGUCACCAGAGACUUCACACUGGAGAAAGUCCUUUUGAGUGCAGUGAAUGUGGGAAAUCUUUUAUCAAUAGCAGUGGCCUCCAUUACCAUCGAAGUUUUCACACUGGAGAAAGGCCUUAUACAUGCAGUGAAUGUGGGAAAUCUUUUACAACUAGCAGUGAACUUCAUCGUCAUCAAAGAGUUCACACAGGAGAAAAGCCUUAUAAGUGCAGUGAAUGUGGGAAAUCUUUUACAAGGAUUGAUAGACUUCAUUGUCACCAGAGAUUUCACACUGGAGAAAGUCCUUAUGAGUGCAGUGAAUGUGGGAAAUCUUUUACCAGGAGCACUGCCCUUUAUUGUCAUCAGAGAAUUCACACAGGAGAAAAGCCUUAUAAAUGCAGUGAAUGUGGGAAGUCUUUUACCACUAGCACUACCCUUCAUCGGCAUCAGAGAAUUCACACAGGAGAAAAGCCUUAUAAAUGCAGUGAAUGUGGGAAAUCUUUUAUGAGGAUUGAUAGACUUCAUUGUCACCAGAGAUUUCACACCAGAGAAAGUCAGUACAAGUGCAGUGAAUGUGGGAAAUCUUUUACCAGGAGCAGUGAUCUUCAUCUUCAUCAGAGAGUUCACACUGGAGAAAGGCCUUAUGCGUGUGGUAAAUGUGGGAAAUCUUUUACCACUAGCAGAUACCUUCUUUGUCAUCAGAGCUCACACAGGAGAAGAGCCUUAGUUGGUGUGACCUUUGAGGACAUUGCCCUGUACUUCUCCAGGGAGGAAUGGAGGCUCCUUGAUGAGGAUCAGAGGCAGCUGUACCUGAAUGUGAUGCUGGAGAACUUUGAACUUCUAUCCUCCCUGGGGAUAGAACCUGCAAACCCAGCAUUUUUCCAGAGCAAGAAUGUAAUCGGCAAGUUUUUGGUGCAUGGGAUAAUGCCCAACAUACUCAUCCACACUAGAGAAAAGCCUUAUAAAUGCAAUGAAUGUGGGAAAUCUUUUACCAGGAGCAUUGACCUUCGUCUUCACCAGAGAGUUCACACUGGAGAAAAGCCUUAUAAAUGCAGUGAAUGUGGGAAAUCUUUUACCAGGAGCACUGCCCUUCAAGUUCAUCAGAGAUUGCACACUGGAGAAAGGCCUUAUGAGUGCCAUGAAUGUGGGAAAUCUUUUUCCUGGAGCAGUACCCUUCGUUGUCAUCAGAGAAUUCAUACCGGAGAAAAGCCUUACAAAUGCAAUGAAUGUGGGAAAAAUUUUAUCACAACAGGUCACCUUCAUCAACAUCAUCAGAGAAUUCACACUGGAGAAAAGCCUUAUAAAUGCAGGGAAUGUGAAAAAUCUUUUCCCACUAGCGAUGACCUUCAUUGUCAUCAGAGAGUUCACACCGGAGAAAAGCCUUAUAAAUGCAGUGAUUGUGGAAAAUCUUUUACCAGGAGCACUGCUCUUCGAGAUCACCUGAGAUUGCACACUGGAGAAAGACCUUAUGAGUGCAGUGAAUGUGGGAAAUCUUUCCCCAGGAGUAGUGACCUUCGUCUUCAUCACAGAAUUCACACUGGAGAAAAGCCUUAUAAAUGCACUAAAUGUGGGAAAUCUUUUAUUUAUAGCACUCUCCUUUCUCGUCAUCAGCGAGUUCACACUGGAGCAAACUCUUAUAAAUGCAGUGAAUGUGGGAAAACUUUAUCCACCAGCAUUGCCCUUCAAGGUCAUCAGAGAUUGCACACUGGAGAAAGGCCUUAUGAGUGCAGUGAAUGUGGGAAAUCUUUUACCACUAACACUGGCCUUCACUGUCAUCAGAAAAUUCACACUAGACAAAAGUGUUAUAAAUGCAGUGAAUGUGGAAAAUCUUUCACCUGGAGCACUGCUCUUCAUCGUCAUCAGAGACUUCAUACAGGAGAAAAGCCUUAUAAAUGCUGUGAAUGUGGGAAAUCGUUUGCAAGGAACUAUAGUCUCCAAUAUCAUCAUCGAGUUCACACGAGUGAUGAGGGGAAAAAACAAGAAAAAGUAAAAAAAAAAAAAACGCUGAUCACUUACUUGGACUCAAUGACUACAUUACCCAGAACACCAUGUGUGGAAUACCAACAGCUUAGCCAAUUGAAGGUCUUUCCAGCGAAGCUGAAUUCCAAGGGGCGGGACUUCCGGCAUCCCCGCAGCGGGCCUGUUGGCUCUUCCCAGACCGGCUCUGCUGCACCUUUGGAGGCUGCAGAUCGCUGGGUCCUGGUGGAGAUGGCCCGAGGGAGAAGGCGCGGGAGUCGUGGCGCUCACAGCACACGCGCGGGUACGAAAUGCGGUGUCCCCGCCCGGGUGACCCGCUCCAGGGCCCGGAAAGGGACCGCCCUUCCCGCCGCGGCCUCUGCUCCCGCCGCUCCCGCCCGGCUCCGCACACAAAGUCCGAUGGCGGCGCCCGCCCGGGGGCGCGGGGCUGAGGUUGGCGUGACCUUUGAGGACAUUGCCCUGUACUUCUCCAGGGAGGAAUGGAGCCUCCUUGAUGAGGAUCAGAGGCAGCUGUACCUGAAUGUGAUGCUGGAGAACUUUGAACUUGUAUCCUCCCUGGGUUGCUGCUGUGGAGCAGAGAAUGUGGAGGCACCGACUGAGCAGAAGGUUUCUGUAAGAGUGUCACAGGCAAGGAAUCCCAAGGUAGCCUUGUCUUCCCAGAAGAGCCACCCCUGUGAUGGUUGUGAGCCAGUCUUGAAAAAUAUUUUCCACAUUAUUGACCUACAGGGAACACAACGCAGCCAGAUACCGUUGAGGUGCGGGGCAUGCGCAAAACGAUUUUAUUUCAGUACAAAAUUUCACCAGGACCAGGAGCAACAUAUGAGAGAGAAGCAUUCCGUCAGUGGUGUGGACAGGAUCUCACUUGCAGAGGGCAGCAAUUUCAAUGCCUCGCAGAAGCAUUUUACCUGCAGAGAGGUUGGGCCGGACAUUCUUAUGGGGUCAGGACAUCACCAAAAGGCUACUCAGACCGGGGAUAAGUCAAAUGAAAUAUCGAUGUCUGCCAUGACUUUUCAAAGCAGAAAAAAUUAUUACACCAGGAAAGAAUAUAAGAGAGCAAUUGGCCGCAAGCACACAUUUGUUCAAGACAAGAGCGCUUGUACUAGAAGACAGCGUUUAGUGUGCCAUGAAUGUGGAAAGUAUUUUACCAGAUUGUCUAGCUUUUUUUAUCAUCAGAGACUUCACACUGGAGAAAAGCCCUUUAAGUGCAGUGAAUGUGGGAAAUCUUAUACCGGUAGCACUGGUCUCCUUUAUCAUCAGAGAAUUCACACUGGAGAAAGGCCCUAUGAGUGCAGUGAAUGUGGGAAAUCUUUUAGCAGGAUCGAUUCCCUUCGUAUUCAUCUGAGAGUUCACAGUGGUGAAAGGCCUUAUAAGUGCCAUGAAUGUGGGAAAUCUUUUACCACCAGCACUGGUAUUCGUCAUCAUCAGAGAUUUCACACCGGAGAAAAGCCGUAUAAGUGCAGUGAAUGUGGGAGAUCUUUUACCAGUAGCACUAGCCUUUGUUAUCAUCAGAGACUUCACAGAGGAGAAAGGCCUUAUGAGUGCAGUGAAUGUGGGAAAUCUUUUACCUGUAGUAGCAGCCUCCGUUAUCAUCAGAGAUUUCACACAGGAGAGAGGCCUUAUGAGUGCAGCGAAUGUGGGAAAACUUUUACCAUGAUUAGAUGCCUUCGUCGUCAUCAGAUAAUUCACACGGGAGAAAGGCCUUACGAGUGCAGCGAAUGUGGAAAAUCUUUUACCAUGAUCCAUUAUCUUCGUCGCCAUCGCAGUGUUCACACCGGAGAAAGACCUUAUGAGUGCAGCGAAUGUGGCAAAUCCUUUACCACAAUUUAUAGCCUUCGUAAUCAUCGGAGAUUUCAUACAGGAGAAAAGCCUUACGAGUGCAGUGAAUGUGGAGAAUCGUUUUCCAUGCUCUAUUCCCUUCGUAGUCACCAGAGAGUUCACACUAGAGAAAGGCCUUAUGAGUGCAGUGAAUGUGGGAAAUCUUUUAUCAGUAGCAGUGGCCUCCGCUAUCACCAGAGACUUCACACUGGAGAAAGGCCUUAUGAGUGCAGUGAAUGUGGGAAA